AUGUCAGAAAGAUCAUCUCUUACAAAUAUAAAUCUAUUGGUUUCGUCCUCGCUUGAAUGUCCUAUAUGCGCUGAAUUUUUUACAAUCCCUAUUUUUCAGUGUGAUCGAGGACAUUCUAUAUGUGACCGAUGCUCAGAAAAAAUACCUAAAUUUCCUCUAAUUAUAAAAACAAAUAUCAAAAAAAUAAAAUUAAAUUUUAUAUUAAAAUUGUUUUUUCGAUCUUUAGAGGUAAAUGCCCAUUUUGUAAGUCAAACAUUGGUCGGAAAUUGCGAAAUUAUAGCCUAGAACAACAGCUUUCGCUGAUUGAUAUUUCUUGCCAUUUUAAAGGAUGCACCACAACAAUGAAACUUUCAUCAAGAAUUUCUCAUGAAAUUGAUUGCAGGUUUAAUCCUUCUGGCUUAAAAUGUUUAAUGCCUAGUUGUAGAUGAGCUGGAACCCAUAAAUCUGUUUUUUCUCAUUUAAACAUGAAACAUAAAAUUCCCCAUUAUGAUGUUAUGGGAGAUACUGCUGAAUUUUCUUCGAGACUAAGAUCAAAUUUACUUCCUCCAAUUGCUGGCUGUGUUAAAUUAUUGCAUACAUUUCAUUAUAAAGACGGAAACACCAUAACAAUCUUGACUUAUAUUUUUAUGGAUUCAACAAAAAAUUUGUUUUAUCCACAGUUUAGGACUUUGGAGAAUUUUUCGAGUAAAUUCACAUUGAAGAUUUGGAAUAUCCAAUCAAAUCAAUGUGAUGAAUUAACUAUUGCAGGUAAAGCUUUGACUAUUAGGCAUCGAUUAGACGAAGAAAGAGAAAAAAGUUUAUGCUUGAAAUUAGAUCUUGAGAGUGUUAUAGAUAAAUUCUCAUAUGAAGAUAUAGUAGAAAGAGACCAAAGGCUAUUGCAUUAUAGAUUAUCAAUAAAUGGUAAGGUCACUUAA